UCAUUCCCGCAGGUCCGGAACGAGUUCUACAAGGACACCCAGGGCGUCCUCCUGGUCUACGACGUGGGAUCCAAGGAAUCCUUCGACUCCCUGGAUUCCUGGCUGGCCGAGAUGAAGCAGGAGCUGGGACCCCACGGGAACAUGGAAAACGUCGUCUUCGUCGUCUGCGCCAACAAGGUGGACUCGGGGAAGCUGCGGAGCGUGGACGAGAGCGAGGGCCGGCUCUGGGCCGAGAGCCGCGGGUUCCUCUACUUCGAGACCUCGGCACAGACCGGAGAGGGCAUCUCCGAGAUGUUCCAGACUUUCUACUCGGCCAUCGUCGACCUGUGCGACAACGGCGGGAAGCGCCCGAAUUCCGGCGCCGGCAUCGGCUUCACCCGGGAACAGGCGGAUGCCAUCCGGAGGAUCCGGAACAGCAAGGACAGCUGGGACAUGCUGGGAGUCAAACCCGGAGCCACCAGGGAUGAGGUGAACAAGGCGUACCGGAAGCUGGCCGUGCUCCUGCAUCCCGACAAAUGCGUGGCUCCCGGCAGCGAGGACGCCUUCAAGGCCGUGGUGAACGCCCGGACCGCGCUCCUCAAGAACCUCAAGUAGGGGGAAGAAAAAAAAACUGGGAAAAAACAUUCCAAUAUUCCCGCCCGGACCGCGCUCCUCAAGAACCUCUAGUAGGGAGAAGGAAGAAAAAAAAAAACCGGGAAAACAUUCCCACCUUUUUCUCCCGGUGGGAGGGGAGGGAAUGCCGCUGCCUCCUCU